AUGUAUAAAUUGCUUGGACGAGGGUUCCAAGAUCUCCCAACAUUUAUAGGACCAAAUGGCGAAAUAACACUAAAUAUCGCUAGAUCUGGUAUAGAAACCAUUGACACAUUGCCAGUUAAUAUCAAUGUUUUAAUCCUGGAUCAUAACUAUAUUCGUCGCUUGGAGAACUUAUCAACUUUGUGUGAUUUGCAACAACUCUCAGUAGCAGACAACAAGUUACUUCAGAUGCAUGGGGUAGCGGGGCUAAUAAACUUAACAAUUCUAAAUUUACCUAAUAACGGUAUCGUUACAAUGGAUGGUUUAGCCAAGCUCACUAACUUGCGGUGGCUUAAUCUAUCAGGAAACAAACUUAAGGUUAUUGAACAGCUGGACACUAAUCUGAACUUAAAACAUCUGGAUUUAUCUGACAAUUAUAUUUACGAACUUCAAAAUUUAUCUCACUUGAAAAAAUUGAAGACUCUCCUUUUACAUUGCAACCACAUUAGCACUCUACAUGAUGGAUCGAAAAAUUUACCAAAAUCACUUGAAAUACUGUCUCUAGCCAGUAAUAUGGUCUCCAAUAUUCUGGAAGUUCAAGAGUUGUCGUGCUUGCCGAUGCUUUCUCAGUUUUCUUUAGGAAAUAAUCCGUGCAUCGAAUCAUUUGCAAACAACUAUAGAUUAUUUGUCUUGGGCUGGUUGUCAAAUUUACGUAUUCUCGAUGGGACUCGGAUAACAAAAGAAGACAUUGAGAAAGCUAAUUGCUUCAUAUCCGGAAUAAAGUCUCCCUUGUUUAUACAAUCCUUGUCUCAAAGUGAACGCACCAAAUUCAAUGAAGAUACUGAUAAGGGUACUGUUAACAGAAAUACAGAGUUAAUAACUCAUGAAGCUGUCAAUCAUAAUCUUCCAAGAAAUCAUCAUAGUGGAUCAAUUUCAUCAUGUUCCAGAUUCUCAACUGAGCUAAAUCAGAAUUUUUCCUGUGAUGACGUUUCUUCUCAUUCUGUUAGUAGUAUUUCAAGUAAACCCUGUUCUGGAGAACUAACGUCCGCAAUGAAUAAUUCUUGUUCAAAUAAAGAUCGUAAUCAUGUGUUUCAAUCGUUUUCACCAUCUGUUAUUACAACUACUAAUUCUAGUCCAAGCAAUUACCCACCCAAUAAUAAUUCUAUGAUUUCAUCUAUUCUAAAUAAUGGUAAUAUUCAUUUAAAUCAAAUUAAAUACAAUGAUAAAAGUACCUGUACAGAAGGUGUCAAUAUGUCUAGUUUAUCCUACUCAUCAAGUCUUGCUAAUCCGAAAUUAAGUAUCAAUAAUAAUAAUGAUAAUAAUAAAAGUCUGUUUACUGCACACGAAACGUCAUCAUACUCUAUGACUAACCCUCAACCAUUAUUAAAAAUAUCGACUAAUUCACCUCGACAAGUUCUGCCUGAAAUCAAGGAAGGAUUGUUCAAAACGAAAUUAAUUGAUGAAAAAUGUAGAAUGAAUUCAUAUUGUAAUGAUCAACUUAUUACAUCAUCUAAUAAUCUGUUAUCGUCGGAUUCAGUUUAUUUACCUUUAUCAAAUACCACCAAUAACAUAGAAGAAACAUUCGAAACAGAAUAUAAGGCGAAAAAUCAUUCAAAUACAGUUCAUUGCACGAUAAGUGAUGUCAACAACUGUCAAAGUAUUGAUAAGAAGUCAUUGAAAUUAUCACCUAGUGAUAGCUUAUUAUCUUCUGGGAAUUUCAUUCCUUUACACCAAUCAAUGUGUCUUCAAUCACCAAAAUUGUCACAUUCAUUGAAAAAUUCUUUACAUAGAAUAAAUUCUAAUGAAAAUAUAAAAUUUGAAACAUUAGGUUUAAUAAAUGGUGUACACUUAAUUCAUGAUGGUGAAGAAAACGAAGAAGGUGAUAAUAAUGAUGAUAUCAAUGAAGAGGAAGAUGAUGUCAUAACAGAAACAACAGUUCAAAGUAGUAGAUUCGCUGAACACAUAGAUAAACCAAACAAUGAUGAACAAUUCAAAGAGGGUAAUAUUAUUACCCUUAAUAAUAAUAAUAACAAUAAUAAUAGUAGUAAUAAUGAUGAUAAUAAUAUCGAUAAUAAUGAUAAUAGUAAUAAUAAUAUUGAUGAAAAAGAUAUACUAGUUAAAGGAGUCUUGGAUGAUAUGGAUUUAACUUGUCUAAUUAAUUUAAAACAUAAAAUUAGCGCACAAUCUAUGAAAGUUCAUAAUUCAAUUACAAAAGAUCAAGAAAAUGAAAUUUUCGAUAAUAACAUUAAACAACAGUCGGUACAAUCUGCUGAAGUGAAUGAAGAUUCGAAAUUAGCCAUUAACACUGACGUUAAUGAUGAUAAUCAUGUCGAAUCGAAUUCAGUAGCAGCCACUGAUCGUUAUAACGUAACAACUACUGUGUUAGAUAAUGCAUUGAUUAAUCCAAUUAACAAAUUUAGUCACAAUUCUAACCCAAUAACAUUAUCUUCAACAUCUUCCAUGACAACAUCAUUAUCUAAUUACUGUCCAACAUGUGGUAAUCAAACUAAACUAUUACAAGAUCAUGUUAUAUUUUUACAAAAACAAUUACAAACUCAAUGUAAAUCCAAUGAAGCUGAAUCUAAACUGAAUCAGUUACAUUCGAAUUCUAUUCAGUUUUUACUAAAAGAAGUUGAAGAAUUAAAAGCUUGGAAAGAAUCCAUUUCACUUAAAUUGACAAAUUCUACUUAUAAAUCUAUUGAAUUUUCUUCUAAUUAUACUCAAACUGAUAUACAAGAUAAUUAUUAUGAUCAAAGAAAAGAAUUAAUAAUAGAGCAUACAUUGAAUAAUGUCUAUCUAUUGAAUACAAAGAAAAGUGAUGAUGAUAGUAAUAAAUUAAAUUGUGUUCAAUUAUCUAGUAAUAUGAUUGAACAAAAUCAUAUGGAAGAUGAUAAUGAAUUGAAGAAUAAUUCAACCAGUCACUUAUCAAAAAUUAUUGUUCAAUUUAAUGGUACCAAAGAAGAACAAAAUGAGAAAUUUUCUUAUGAAUUGAGCAAAUUUAAUGAAUAUGAAGAAGAUAAAACGUUAUCUUCAUUUGCUAAAAUGUCUAAUACAGAACUUUCUAAAAUAUCAGAACAACAUCAUACUUUACAUUAUGAUAAUAGAAAUUUUGAUAAGAAUGAGAAUAAUAAUGGAAUAGUAUUAAUGAAUAAUAUAUUACAACGAUCGUCUUAUGGUAAUACUUCAAAAAUAUUAGGAACUCACCGAAACAUUGAAUCGAAUACUACUGUCACUGAUUCUUAUGAUCUUGAAGAUUUUUCAGAUUUGGAACUUGUACGACAAGCUGCUUUACAGGUUAUGUGGAUAAUGUUCAUCCUGAAGUGUAUUCUCACUACGCAUCAAUAUCACCAUAUGUGUUUAAUAAUUAAAAAUGAAGAUGUACUCAACAGCUGUCUUGUUCCGGUUUGACAAAUUUCGGCAGUGUCUGUACACACACAAAAUGUACAACAAAAUAGAUAAAUCAACUUUGGAUUUCUUGACAGGUACAAAAUCUCUAAACCAUUGAAAUGCAAUCAAAUGUUCUACAUUCCUAUUUAAUCUCAAGUUUUAAUAUUACGCCAUUAUCAUUCCAUUGGUGCCAUCUGUCGUUUACUUACAAUAUAAUUGAAUUAAUCGUGGUUUGUCCGAGUUGAUGUGAAUUAUGUAGUCAAUCGAUCAUCAUUUAUAAAGAAAACUGAUUUAAUGCAAAGCAGACAGGGUAACUAGUCAGCACUAAUGGAGGCUACAUACAAUAAUACACAGUAUGUUUGUCACAAAAACAGACGUUCUAUAAAAAAACUUUGUUAGUUCUCGGUGUCGAACUUUCUAGGUUUAUUCAAGAUCAACCAGUAGAACUGUAGUGAAUGAGAACUCAGAUGGGG